AUGCCACGCUCUUCAGUGUGCACGCCCCGACUCUCCAAGCUGAACCUGCAGAAAAAGAGCUCCAAGGCCAUCUCCAAAGCAUCCCUGCAGAUGACAAGACACGGCGUUGGAAACUGCAAUGACAAUGGGCGCUUGCUGUUGGAGCUUUGCACUGAGCAACCACUGGUCAUCACCAACACCAUCUUCCAGCAAAAGGACCGAUUAAAAACAACCUGGAUGCAUCCUUGGUCCAAACAUUGGCACCUCAUAGAUUACAUCCUAGUGCGCCAAAAAGACCUCAAGGAUGUCCUUCACACCAGAGUGAUGCCCAGUGCAGAAUGUCGCACGGACCAUCGACUAGUGCGUUGCCAACUCAGGAUGCACUUCACACCCAAACCAAGGAAGGGAGGGCCCCCCACUAAAAAGUCCGAUCUCAAGAAGCUUCAGUCACCUGGCUCAGCCAUCAUGUCCUAUGAAGAAAGCUGCCUUUCGUCUCAUUUGCAGCAACCUCCAGCGCAAGCUUCGAGAGAUCCAGAACAAAAACCAGUCAUAGUGGAACUGGAUGAACUACCAUCUAUGGAAGAAGUUUCAAAAGCCAUAGAACAGCUGAAGAGUGGCAAGGCAGCAGGAGUUGAUAGGAUACCACCAGAGAUCUGGAAAGAUGGGGGACCAACACUAUACAACAAGCUCCACGAACUCCUUGUCUGUUGUUGGGAGCAGAGCAAGCUUCCAAGAGACCUCCGUGAUGCAGUCAUCAUCACUUUGUACAAGAACAAAGGAGAAAAGUCGGACUGCUCCAACUACCGAGGGAUAACACUGCUCUCUAUCGUGGGAAAAAUCCUCGCCCGAGUGCUUCUGAACAGAUUGGUACCCACCAUCGCUGAAGACCACUUCCCAGAAACCCAAUGUGGAUUCAGGACUAACAGGGGCACCACAGACAUGAUGUUCGUCCUGAGGCAGCUCCAAGAGAAAUGCCGGAAGCAAAACAAAGGGCUGUACAUGACGUUUGUGGACCUGACGAAAGCGUUUGACACUGUGAGCAGGAAGGGGCUAUGGCUGAUCAUGGAACGCCUUGGCUGCCCCCAAAAGUUCCUCAGCAUGGUCAUCCAACUGCACGAUGAUCAACGCGGCCAAGUCAGGUUGAACAGCGACCUCUCAGAGCCCUUCCCCAUCGUCAAUGGCGUGAAACAGGGUUGUGUCCUGGCACCUACUCUGUUCAGCAUCUUCUUCAGCAUGAUGCUCAAGCAGGCCACUGAAGACCUUGAAGAUGACGAAGCUGUGUACAUCCGCUAUCGCCUUGACGGCACGGCUGUGCAGCUCUUCGGACUUGAGGUCAGUUUGAAGAAGACAGAGGUCCUCCACCAGCCUGCACCCCGGGAAGAGUACCGCCCUCCUCACAUCACUAUUGGCGAAACUGAGCUGAAAGCAGUUCACCAGUUCACCUACCUGGGGUGUACCAGACAACUAACAAAGGGUACGAAGAUCAGCGUCAACACCCUGCUGUACGGCUCCGAGUCAUGGGUAACAUAUCGUCACCACCUACGACUCCUAGAGUGCUUCCACCAGCGCUGUCUCUGCACCAUCCUCAACAUCCAUUGGAGUGACUACGUCACCAACGUUGAAGUUUUCGAACAGGCAGAGAUCUCCAGCAUUGAGGCUAUGCUGCUGAAGUCGCAGCUUUGUUGGGCAGGGCACGUUUCUAGAAUGGAGGAACAUCGCCUGCCCAAGAUAGCCCUGUACGGCGAACUCUCCACAGGCCACCGUGACAGAGGUGCACCGAAGAAACGCUACAAAGACUCCCUCAAGAAAUCCCUCGGUGCUUGCCAAAUUGACCACCGACAGUGGUCGACACUCGCUGCUGACCGCCAGGCCUGGUGCCACACCGUUCACCAGGCCGUCGCCUCCUUCGAGGACUCCCACAGGUCUAACCUGAAGGAGAAACGCCGGACGAGGAAGGACAGGGAAGCCUCAGCAGCUGUACCAGACCAGACUUUUGACUGCAGUCGCUGCGGCCGGACAUGCCUGUCCCGCAUCGGUCUUGUCAGCCACCAGCGCGCCUGCAGUCGACGUGGACAGCCCCUUUCAUGA